GGUAAAGGAGAUUUAAAAAUGGCAACUCCAGCAAAGAGGCCACGUGAGGAAAAUAAUGAUCAAAACAAUGUCAAUGCAGACCUCAAAACUCUUUGUACAAACAGGGCAAAUGCGUUUCUCAAAUGGUUUUCUUCAAAUGAUGACAACUUCUUUAGUGGAAAGGUAACUAUUGGACCAGAUGGUUCUUGUGCUCAAAAUGGCAUGGUCGCUAUUGCAGAUGUUCAAGAGGGAGAAAGUCUUUUUCGAAUUUCAAGAAAAAUUCUUUUACACCCGAAGUCCUCCAGCAUUUCAGCAUUGUUUGAGAAGGACCCUGUGAACAGUGAGAGCGGAUGGUCAGAGUUGCUAAUCUGUAUGAUGCAUGAAUACAAUGCAAAGGAUUCUCCCUGGAAACCAUACUUUGACGUGCUCCCUGAAACAGUCGAUCUGCCAAUGUUUUGGACUGAAGAAGAGCGAGAGAAGCUGCUGACUGGAACAGGAGUUGUAGAGGCAGUGAACCGUGACAACAAGAAAAUCCUGACAGAGUUCCAAUCAGUUGUCUCCCCUUAUUUGAAAAAACACAAAGACACUAUCAGUGAAAGCUGUGAUGACUUGGAGCUGUACAAGAGAAUGGUGUCCUAUGUAAUGGCAUACAGCUUCACCGAGCCACCCAAAGAUGAUGACAGCGAUGACUUUGGUGAAGAUGAGGAAGAAGAAAAGUCCACCAUUUACAUGGUCCCAAUGGCUGACAUGUUGAACCACAUAGCCAACAACAAUGCUCAUCUGUCCUUUAAACCAGACUGUCUAGAAAUGAUUGCCACUAAGGACAUCAAAAAGGGAGAGGAGGUGUUUAACACCUAUGGAGAAUUGGCAAACUGGCAUCUCCUGCACAUGUAUGGCUUUUCUGAGGCCUACCCUGCCAAUCACUAUGACACUGUAGAUAUACCCCUUGACCUGAUUCUGGACAUUGCGGAAGAGGAAGCAGAAAACAAAGAAUUUGCCAGGAAAAAAUCAUUGUUCUUUAAACAAAAGGUGAUGGAGGAUUUGAUAGGCGACAUUGUAGUGGGCACUAAUGGGAUUCUAACAGAUGACAGAUUGUUCAUGGUGCUAAAGGUGAUGGAAAUGAGCCCCUCACAAUUUGCCAUAUAUGAGGAAGAAUGUGAGGAAGGCUGGGAAGAGGACCUAGAUGAGGACACAUCUGUCCUCACAGAGUUUGAAAAAAUGAAAGAUCUGAGCCAGACUUGGAAAACUAUUAUCUAUAGAUCAGCAACAGAGUCCCUCAAGCGAUACAAGACAAAUGUGCAAGAAGACGAGAAGAAACUGAAACAGAUAGAUUCCCUUAACUCCCGCAAGCAAUAUUCUCUACACAUCUGUUAUGGACAAAAAAUGUUACUAAAUAAAUUAAUAAAUGCAUGUAAAUGAAAAAGGUGUUUAAAUUAUAACUUUUAUCUCAGCUUUUGAACCACUAUGUACUAGACAAGCCUUGUAAUAUUAGUAUGACACAAUACAAAGUUUUCCAUACCCUGUCCCUCUAUAACCUCUCUGUCAAUUUGUUUUCAAUACAUGUAAAUACAUGUACUAAAUAAACAUGCCCAUCAGUAAAAAAAAAUGAAAAGAAAUUGGUUCUAAUUUUAGUUUUGCCAAAACAUAAGACAAACAUUUUCGUAAAC